AUGCGUCAAGCCAUCGGCAUUGGCGUCAUCCUGGGCUUCAAUGCUGCAGGAGAGGCAGUCGUAGAGAACCUCGCUCCAUGCUGGGCAGCAGCCCUGUCAGGUCAGAUCGCCAAAGGAGAUACCAUCCUCAGAGUCAACGGGCAGUCUGUGCAGGACAGCAGCCCAGAGGUCCCGAUCUCCAUGAGGCUCGCCAGGUUGAGGGACCGGAUCCUGGGCCCUGAGAACACUCUUGUGGGUAUGAAGCUACGGCAUGCGGAUGGAUCUGAGCAUGAUAUCCACGUUGUUCGCUUCCGUGGAAGGAUCGGCAUCGACGUUGUGAAGAACGCUGAAGGGAAGUGCAUCGUGAGCGCCAUGUCCGAAGGAGGAGCAGCGAAGAGCACUGGGCUGCUGAAGGUGGGAGAUGAGAUAGUAUCAAUCAACGGCGCCUCCUGUGCUGGCCUGUCAAAGCUUCAGGCUUUCGAUAUCACAAUCGUUCGGAUGCACAACUUGUCCAAAAGCGCACAGGAGCUCGCUGUCUCCUACCGAGCUCUCCUCGCGAAGCUUCUCCUCCGUCGAGAACGAACGAGCAUGCCAGAUAAGGAAAACGAGCCAGCGAACAAGCAAACUGCUCCCGCUCCUGCUCCCGCUCCCGCUCCUGCUCCUGCUCCUACGUGGGCGACGGAGGGGGGCAAGAGCAGGGAAAAGGUGUUGUCCGAGGGUCAGGAGGACACGGCGACUCGUCCGGUGGAGCAGGGGACCUCCCUCCCUCCCUUCCAGCUGCAGAUCAGCGGAGACAUCGAGGAGGGAAGGAUUGCGCGUGCUAUCUAUGGAUACAAUGCAAUCCGAGGAGAUGAGCUUUCUUUUAAGCCCAACGAUAUCCUCACUAUCCUCUCCCGCUCAAAGGACAAGGGCUGGUUGGUGGCUUUGCUGGACGGCAAACGGGGUCACGUACCUGAAAAUCAUCUCGGCUACAUCUCGAAGGCCCUGGAUCCGCGAUGCUCGCAGGUGUCGCCGGUCGCUGCUGCCUCGACGCGACUCUGGUCCUCCUGCUCGGGCAUUGAGAAUCCUCUUCCUCUUGCCGACGUCAAGAGCUCCAGGUUUAAGCAGCUCAUCAUCAGCGGCUGCCCGCUUGACCAAAUCCGGAGCUGCAAGAACGAUCGCGAGCUCGACGCUCUGGCACACAUCCUUGGGGGGAGAGCUAAGAACCUCCCUGUCAUCGGCAAGACCAACGGCUCCUUGCUCUUCUGCACUAUCUCCUAUGCUGGCACGACAGUUCGGACCUCCUCCUCUCGAUACAGCAGCUCGUUGGCAAGUUUCAACGAGCGUUUCUACUUCUUCGAGGAGGAGGGGCAGGACAACGUCCGAGUGUCUGUGCUGUGCCGAGGAGAGCACGGAGAGAGAGUCAUAGGGGAGGCGAGAGUCGAGGGAUGGUUCGAUCUGAGCAAGCAGAGCGCCCUUGUGGUCGGCAGCACUGGGAUCGCCGCGCUCCAGGUCAAGGCGAAGCUGCACGAGCACGGGAGGAAGGAGGAAGGAGGAGGACGAGGGGCGAGGCAGGAGGAGAACAACAAGAUUGAAAUCAGCUGCGAUACGAGGGAGGCUGUCUGCCCCAAGUGCCAGAUCUACUUGCAGAGGAAGGAGGCGGAGAUUGCACAUCAGUUUGAGCUGAAGCUCCAGUGCAAACUGCGGGACAUUCAACGCAAGAGGCACGAGGACGCCCAGAAGUCACUCUCCUAUGCUGGAUCUGGCGAGCUGGGAGACCAGAGGAUGAUUUCCCAGCUGGGAGCUCUGCAGAUGGAGAACGAGAGGCUGGCCAAGGAGCUGCACUCCCUGCGGGCUGAGAUGAGAAGAGCUGAGAACGGCAGGACGGGUUCAGCAGAGCUCGAGCGGGAGCAACAGUUGAUCAUCCAGAACUGGGGCGCAUCCCUGAGGAAGUUCCGGGGAGAUUGCAGGAGGUCGAACCUGACACCUUUCUGUGAGGACUUCCUCGAGGAUUGCUUCAGGCUGCGAGAGGUUCUCACGUCCUCCAAGUUCGGUUCCAACGCAGAGACAGCACAGAUUCUCGAACAAACCGAGAUGACAAUCAACGAGUCGAUCAACGUGAGUUAUGAAGACAGCGAGAGUGACAGGUCCAUUCGUUUCUUCUAG